CUCCGGGACGCCGGCCGGACGCGCGAGUCCGCGAUGGCUGGUUCCUCCGGGGAGCAGGCUCCCGGCUACAGGGCCAUCCUGGCCAUUAGUGACGAGGCCGCCAGGGUGCGGGCGCUGAACGAGCACCUCAGCACGCGUAGCUAUGUCCAGGGGUACUCGCUGUCCCAGGCGGACGUGGACGCCUUCAGGCAGCUCUCCGCCCCGCCCGCUGACGCACGGCUCUUCCACGUGGCAAGGUGGUUCAGGCACAUAGAGGCUGUCCUGGGCGCCCCCCGCGGCCAGCCCGCUGCGCCCCAAGCAACAGGUAAAGGCCGGCGCACGCAGCCGCCCUGGGCUCCUCCGGCUGGGUCCGAGCCGUGCAAGCUCCGCCUGUACAACAGCCUGACGCGGAACAAGGACGUGUUCACCCCUCAGAACGGGAGGAGGGUGACGUGGUACUGCUGCGGGCCGACCGUCUACGACGCGUCUCACAUGGGACACGCCAGGUCCUACAUCUCCUUCGACAUCCUCAGGCGCGUGCUGAGGGAUUACUUCAAGUUUGACGUCUUUUAUUGCAUGAACAUCACAGACAUUGACGACAAGAUCAUCAGAAGGGCCCGGCAGAACUACCUGUUUGAGCAGUACCGGGAGCAGCAGCCCCAGGCCGCCCGGCUCCUGGAGGAUGUCCACGCUGCCCUCAAGCCGUUUGCAGUGAAACUGAAGGAGACCACGGAUCCCGACAAGAAGCAGAUGCUGGAGCGGCUCCAACAGGCAGUGGAGCUCGCCGCCCGGCCCCUGGAGACGGCCCUGCAGGCCCGCCUCUCCGCAGAGGAAGUGCACAGCCGAGCCGAGGUGUUGCUGGAACAGGCAAAAGACCUGCUUUCCGACUGGCUGGACUCCACGCUUGGCAGUGAGACAAUGGACAAUUCCAUCUUCUCCGAGCUGCCCAGGUUCUGGGAAGGGGAGUUCCACAAGGACAUGGAAGCCCUGAAUGUCCUGCCCCCAGAUGUCUUAACCCGGGUCAGUGAGUACGUGCCGGAGAUCGUGAACUUCGUCCAGAAGAUUGUGGACAACGGUUACGGCUACGUGUCCAAUGGGUCUGUGUACUUUGACACCGCCAAGUUCGCCUCCAGCGAGAACCACUCCUACGGGAAGCUGGUGCCGGAGGCCGUGGGGGAUCAGAAGGCCCUGCAGGAAGGGGAAGGCGACCUGAGCAUCUCGGCCGAGCGCCUGAGUGAGAAGCGGUCCCCCAACGACUUCGCCCUGUGGAAAGCCUCCAAGCCAGGGGAGCCGUCCUGGCCCUGCCCGUGGGGGAAGGGCCGCCCCGGAUGGCACAUCGAGUGUUCCGCCAUGGCAGGCAGCCUCCUGGGAGCCUCAAUGGACAUCCACGGUGGGGGCUUCGACCUCCGCUUCCCCCACCACGACAACGAGCUGGCGCAGUCAGAGGCCUACUUUGAGAACGACUGCUGGGUCCGCUACUUCCUGCACACGGGCCACCUGACCAUCGCGGGCUGCAAGAUGUCCAAGUCGCUCAAGAACUUCAUCACCAUCAAGGACGCCCUGAAGCGGCACUCAGCACGGCAGCUGCGCCUGGCCUUCCUCAUGCACUCCUGGAAGGACACACUGGACUACUCCAGCAACACCAUGGAGUCUGCCCUGCAGUACGAGAAGUUCAUGAACGAGUUUUUCCUCAACGUGAAGGACGUCCUUCGCGCUCCCGUCGACAUAACCGGCCAGUUCGAAAAGUGGGAAGACGAGGAGGUGGAGCUGAACCAGAGCUUUUACGACAAGAAGACAGCGGUCCACGAAGCCCUCUGUGACAACGUGGACACUCGCACAGUCCUGGAGGAAAUGCGGGCCCUGGUCGGCCAGUGCAACCUCUACAUGGCGGCCCGCAAGGCGGCAAAGAGGCGGCCCAACCGAGCCCUGCUGGAGAGCGUGGCCCUGUACCUCACCCACAUGCUGAAGAUCUUUGGGGCCAUAGAAGAGGAGAGCCCCCUGGGGUUCCCUGUUGGCGUUGCCGGAACCCGCCUAAAUCUGGAGUCCACCGUCAUGCCCUACCUGCAGGUGCUGUCGGAGUUCAGAGAAGGGGUGCGGAGGAUCGCCCGGGAGAAGAAAGUGCCCGAGGUGCUGCAGCUCAGCGACACCCUGCGGGACGACAUCCUGCCUGAGCUCGGUGUGCGGCUGGAGGACCACGAAGGACUGCCGACCGUGGUCAAGCUGGUGGACAGAGACACCUUGCUGAAAGAGAGAGAAGAAAAGAAAAGGGUGGAAGAGGAGAAGAGCAGAAAGAAGGAGGAGGCCGCCAGGAGGAGGCAGGAGCAGGAAGCAGCCAAGCUGGCCAGGAUGAGGACCCCCCCCAGCGAGAUGUUCCUGGCGGAGACAGACAAGUACUCCAAGUUCGACGAGAACGGGAUGCCCACACACGACACGGAGGGGAAGGAGCUGAGCAAAGGACAAGCCAAGAAGCUCAAGAAGCUCUUCGAAGCCCAGGAGAAGCUCCACCGGGAGUACCUGCAGAUGGUCCAGAACGGGUGCUGCCAGUGACGGCGCGGUUCCGCAGGGUACCGAGGGCUGCCGCUGGCCUGGCCGUGACCGCGCCUGGGCUCUGGCACGCCGAUGCUGACCCUGGGGCCUCAGCUCGGAAUUGUGUUCACAGAGGCCUGUGCCCACUGGGUGCUGGCACUGCAAUAAAGCCUUCCAAAGCGUGAGGCCCACGCUCUCUGCCGUCCCCUGCGCCAUCAGCGCUUUGCAGGGGGUGCUGGCUCCGCAGGUCACCACCGAGGGCCAGCUGAGCGACUGCUGCUGGCCAGGAACUGUCCCCGUGCUGAUGGCUGGCGCCUAAUCCCUGGCAUGGGGGCGCAGGUGGAAAUGUGUGAGUAGGAGAAAGACAGGCUCAAGCCCGCAGAACCCGCUGACGCCUGGGCAAAGGCUGCUCAGUGGCUCUGAGCAGGGCCAUGGCAUUGCCCAACCAUGCCCUUUGACAGCAUGCAGCACCACUGCUGGCUCAGGAGGCCAGGCCUGGCCGCACCCCAGGGCCACACUCAGCAUAGCAAGUCCAGGAUCCACCCGGCUGCAGCGGAGGUAAGGGGCGUCCCCUGCAGCAGGCAGCCAUCCUCUCCGCCCCACUUGGGCUCAGAGCCUCCCCCGCGACUGGGUGGCGGAGCGUGGCCAGAACCCGCUCUGCCCACAGAGGCUGGGCACCCAUUCAGACCCCGCUGGACCAAGGACAAAGUCGGGCGCGGGCAGCUGGGGUGGGGCUGCUGUCCUGGGGUCUGUCCGUGAGGCAGCGCCUGGAGACACAGCCUGGGGUCUGCUUCUGUAGGUCGCUCUUUGUCCCCAAGGGCUCCCGCGGAGCGCGCUCACCCCCGUCCAGCACAGGCUGCAGCGCGCAUGCGCUGUAUCCAGAGCCGGCCUGCCUGGCCCCUGGGCCCCUGGAGCCCCCUAUGCUGCUGGGGCAUGGUGGCCGUGGACAGCGAGGGCUCCUCGCAUCGCCGUGCGCGCCCAAGCCUGUGUCUUCCGUUCCGAAAUAAAGCCAGCCAGCAGGGAAGGCCCAGAACAACGUACGCACAGUUCAUCCCGUUCCCUGAUACUCUGACGCGUCAGCCUGGAGCCUGGUGGCCCCUGGUGACAGUGGUCAUCUUGUUAGCCCUGCUGGAGGCCCCGCCAGGUAGUCCCAGGCCAGGGCUUGGAGCCCGCUGGGCGGCUGGCACCGUCAGCGUCGUGGGUCCUGAGCGAGAGAAGCUGUUACCCCUUGUGGGCUGAGGUCAGAAGCCACUUUAGCCGCCUCCACCCCCUCGAGUAGAGCUCCGGAAGCCACCCGCCCUCGGGGACACCGACGCCUCCCUGAUGGCAGCGGUGAGGGAGUAGAGGCGUCCUGCGCUGGGAGGGCACCCUCCGUCAUAACCUAGAGCAGGGCCGCCGGGAGAGGCCCCGGGCUCCCCCGCGGUGCCCUCUACCCUCGGGGCCUUCCGAGGCCCGAAGCAGCGCAGUGGCAGGCGGGAGCUCAGUGUCAGAGGUGACAUUUUUUAUUUUCAAUCGUGGGACAAAGCGCCUAUGUUGGUGUCAGCUGCAGCCACGGGACGAGUGUAAGCUCCCGUUGAGGAAGGCUGGCCGGGCAGAUGCCGCGGGAGUGUCAGUGGGCAGCAGGGGCUACCCUGGACCGGGGCUGAGAGGCCAGGUCGGCCAGCUCCCAGAGCUCAGAACGCCCCGCAUCUCCUGGGGGAGAAGUACCAGGAGUCCCCGGGCCAUCGGGGCCCAAAGGGAGGCUCUGAAGACUAUGGAGUCAGGGCAAGACCGGCCGCUGGGUGGGCCUCGGGGCAUUAGGCCCAGUGCAAGCGCAGCCGAGGCCACCUCGAGGUGCCCCAACCAGCUGAGAGAGACAGGCCGGUGGGGGCAGCUGCUCCACAGCCGGGGGCCCUGCCCAUCUCCACGUCCCUCAGCCAACUCGGCCUCAGCAUCACCUGCCUGCAGAAGGCCCUCUCCCUGGGACAAACAGGACCUGGAGGCCGUGCGUCCCCUGCGGUCUCCCGGGGUGCUGGGCCGCUGGUAGGGGCAGGGCUGUCCCCUCACUUCCUGUUACCAGGAGCACAGGAGCCCAGGAACAGGUGGGGGUGCCACAGAGCAGCAACCCAGAAGGUGGGACCCCCGCAGGGCACCUAAUGCCAGGGCUUUAGGGGUCCUCUGGUGGGGGCAGAGAAGCCCACCAAAGCCCACUCGGUUGUGACCCCCUGGACAGAGCAGCAUGUGGGUGGCGGGGUGCCCAGGGACUGGUGUUCUUGGCGUGGUGGUGGCCCUGGAGUCCUCACAUGUCCUUAGCCACACGCGGUGGCACAAGGCCUGAAACGGUUCUGAAAACUGAUGGGUGGGCCACACGGCGCUGGAGCUGGGCUAUGGGCGGCACCUUCCUUAGCUGCCUCUGCCCAUGUUUGAGCCUUCCCGUCCCGAAAGUUCUUUGAGAUGAGCCACCGGGACAUCCUCUCGCAAGAUCUGCUGUGAGUGGGCGGCUGGCCCUGGCCUCUGUGCCAGCCACAGCCACGACCGCGGGGAUAGAACCCCACGAGCAGCAGGGCCCUUCAGGUGAGGGCUCUGCCCUGGACACCACAAAGCCAGGGGCCUGGGGCUGGGGGCGGGUGGCUG